ACUCAACAUAAGGAGCACGUGUCAAAGAUUUCUGUACUUAUGAACAGGGGGCUAUCUAAAUAGAUAACGUGAAGUAUGUAAGCUGCGGUUUGCUGGGCUAUUUUCAUUGCUGAAGACACAUUAUGUUGAUAAAGACGUUCUUUGUGAUCGCGUCUGUUGUCUAUGUUCUGGGACAUCACGAUGGGGACUUGUCGAGAAUAGUCCACACAGACCAAGGCCCCGUGAGAGGUUACAAGGACGACACAGGAGAUAUUUUUGUUUUCUACAAUAUACCCUACGCGACCACCCCUACCGGAGUAGACCGAUACAAGGCACCUUUACCACCGCCAACAUGGUCGGAGCCUUUCGAAGCUGUUAACCGAGAUAUAGUUUGUCCGCAACAUGACGCAGGAAUUUCCGGUUUAAAUGUAAAAAUGCAAGAAGACUGCUUGAUUGCAAACAUACACGUACCUGUAACAGACGAGAAGAAUCUGCCGGUCCUCGUCUAUGUACACGGAGGUGCUUUUCAAAUUGGAUACGGCAAUAAACUAUCUCCAAAAAAACUUAUCCAAACGAAGAAUUUAAUCGUCGUUACAUUUAAUUACCGUUUAGGGAUUCACGGUUUUUUGUGUCUUGGUACAGAAGACGCACCAGGUAACGCAGGCAUUAAGGAUCAAGUGGCACUCUUGCGUUGGGUGAACAGAAACAUCGCCAGCUUCGGCGGUAAUCCUAAUGAUGUUACUAUAGCGGGCUGCAGUGCCGGUUCGUCUUCCGUAGAUCUGUUGAUGCUAUCAGACACCACGAAGGGAUUAUUCAAUAAGGUUAUCGCAGGUAGCGGUGCCAGCUUAAGUGGUUUCAGCGUGCAAAUAGACCCUCUGGGAUCUGCUCAAGAGCAGGGUUUAGUGUUAAACUUCACAAACGUGGAAGACAUAGCUGCUCUUGGAGAAUCUUAUAAAAAUAUCCCAAUUGAAAAGUUACUUUUAACAAAUUUUAGAAACAGAAAACAUUCUGGAGUCGAAUUCGCUCCUUGUGUAGAACGAGACAUAGGACAAGAAAUGUUUCUCAAGGAGGCGCCAAUUGACAUUUUGAAAAAAGGCGAUUAUCCGAAAAUGCCUAUUAUUUAUGGCUUUACGAGUAUGGAAGGUUUGAUAAGACGACCGUUCUUUGAGGAAUGGAAAGAUGAAAUGAACGAAAAGUUUUCGAACUUUUUAUCAAUCGAUCUACAAUUUGAUAAUGAACAGGAAAGAGAGGAAGUUGCAGCUAAAAUAAAACAAUUCUAUUUCGGCGACGCUGAAGUUUCAGGCGAUACAAUUUUGAAUUUUAUCAACUACUUCACAGAUGUCAUGUUCUCUUACUCGAUGCUCUGGUCAGUUCAGCUACAUACAAGAAAUGGUAACGACCAGGUGUACCUGUACGAAUAUUCAUAUGUCGACGAUGAUGUACCUAUAAUUCCGUACACCAAUGUUCGUGGCGCUGAGCAUUGCGCUCAAAAUAAUGCAUUGCUUGAUGGAAGAAGUUCAACUCUUUCAGAUGAGACUAACAUUUCAGAUGGCUUCAGAGCUAUUAAGAAAAUAAUGAGAGAGAUGUGGUCUAACUUUAUAACUACUGGGCAACCAGUUCCAGCAAAUUCAUCACUGCCCUCCUGGCCGCCAGCAAACGAGUACAGGACUCCGCACAUGUCUUUUGGUUUCAACGUAGAACUGAAAGGAAUAUUGCUCGAACCACGAUUUCGCUUCUGGGAUGAAAUAUACGAUAAGCACUAUCGUACUCCCAAAUCUCCCGCAAUUCCUAAUUAAAUUUUAGGAAAACACAUAUAAAUCGAUAUGUAUGUUACGUAAUUUUAAAUAAAACACAAGACUGACUC